AUGCUGUCACUCAAGGGCGUGUUUGGGGUCGACGCCAGCUUCGACUAUGUUGUGGUUGGCGCGGGCACGUCAGGGCUCACCGUGGCAGCACGGCUCGCGGAGCAGCAACUCAGCGUGGCACUGAUCGAGGCAGGCGAUUACUACGAGACCAUCUGGCCCCUCGCCAUGAUUCCUGGGGCGGUCAUCAUUGGGCUGGGCUCCAGUCCGCUUGACACGACCCCGAUUGACUGGAACUUCGUCACGGCCCCGAUCCCCGGCGCCAACAACCGCAAGGUCCAUUACGCCCGGCACAAAGCGCUGGGAGGAUGCUCCGUCUGCAACGUCAUGAUCUACCAGAGACCCGACAAUGGCUCACUGCAGCGCUGGGCCGACCUCGUCGACGACCAGAGCUACACUUUCGACCAGCUUCUCCCCUUCUAUCAACGUACGCCCACCUUCCACCCCCCGCAGAACGAGCGUCGACCCCCCAAUGCCUCCGCGCAAUACAAUCCCGCCGCAUACUCGCCCGCCGGCGAACCGCUGCAAGUCUCCUUCCCGAUCGACAGCAUCCCGUUCUCCACCUGGAUGGUGCGCGGGAUGCAAAAGAUCGGCAUUAACCCGACACAAGAUUUCAGCAGCGGGAACUUACUCGGGGCGCAAUGGUGUCCCUUUACGGUGCGUCCGUCUGAUCGCACGCGCAGCAGCUCGGAGGCGGCAUUCGUCGGCUCCAGCGCAGACCGUCUGGCGACGCUGACCCUGUACAAAACCACGAUGGCCAAACGAAUCCUCUUCAACCGCGACAAAAAAGCCACAGGGGUGGUGGUCCGCACUGGACAAUCCCAUUACACUCUGCACGCGAGGCACGAAGUCAUCGUCUCCGCAGGGGCCUUCCAGAGCCCGCAGCUCCUGAUGGUCUCCGGCAUCGGCCCCUCCGCAGCCCUAACCGCGCACAACAUCUCGCAACUCGUCGACCUGCCCGGCGUGGGCCAGAAUAUGUGGGAGCAUCUGCUGUUUGGGCCCUCCUACCGCGUCAAACUCAUCACCGGCACGAAGAUCGCCAACAACUACGCCUUCGCCGCCGAGGAACUCGCCCGGUACUUCAGCCUGCACCGGGGGCUGUUCACCAACCCCGGGGCAGAUUAUCUCGCGUGGGAGAAGAUCCCAGCCCCCCUCCGUCAGCGCUUCUCUGCGGCCACGCAGCAAAUUCUGUCGUGGUUCCCCCCCAGCUGGCCUGAAGCAGAGUACAUCUCCUUCCACCUCUACGUCGGCGACCUCUCCUCCCCCUUCUUCGACCAACCCAAAGACGGCUUCAUGUAUGCCUCGAUGAUCGGCAGUCUCGUGGCCCCCAGCUCACGCGGGAGCAUCACCCUCGCCUCAGCGGACACCGACACUCUACCGAUCGUGCAACCGAACUGGCUCGCCACCGAAUCCGACGCGCAACUCGCCGUUGCCAUCUACCGUCGGAUACGGGAGGCCUGGCACAGCGACGGAAUGGCCCCGAUCGUAAUCGGAGAAGAGUACUUCCCCGGCCCGAGCGUGCAGACCGACGAGGAGAUCCUGGCGGUGAUCCGGCAGACGGUCAUGACGAUCUUCCAUGCGGCGUGCACGUGCAAGAUGGGGACGCGGACUGAUCGGAUGGCGGUGGUGGACCAUCGCGCGAGGGUGUUUGGCACGAGGGGGUUGAGGGUGGUGGAUGCGAGUGCCUUUGCCAUUCUGCCGCCGGGGCAUCCGCAGGCUACUUGUUAUAUGUUGGCGGAGAAGAUUGCGGCGGAUAUUAUACAGGGGCACGGGGAUGGAAGUGGGGAUGAUGAUGGGGAUGAUGAUGGGGAUGGGGAUAAAGGGGGAGAGGAACAGCGUCCUUGA